GUGAAAUGUGUUCUGGAUGCCAUCCGCGCCAAGAAGACAAAGUUCAAUUUCCUCGGAGAGACAAUUACCCUGGUCCCGUCGGUCGGGCUGUUCAUCACCAUGAACCCUGGCUACGCCGGCCGGACAGAACUGCCAGAGAAUCUGAAAGCUCUGUUCAGACCCUGUGCCAUGGUGGUCCCUGACUUUGAGCUGAUCUGCGAGAUCAUGCUCGUUGCCGAAGGUUUUAUUGAUGCUAAGCUGCUUGCAAGAAAAUUCAUUACUUUGUACACACUCUGCAAAGAGCUGCUGUCCAAACAGGACCACUAUGACUGGGGGCUGCGGGCCAUCAAGUCCGUGCUGGUGGUCGCGGGCUCCUUGAAGCGAGGGGACCCCGGCCGCCCCGAGGACCAAGUGCUGAUGAGAGCUUUACGGGACUUCAACAUCCCCAAGAUCGUGACAGACGACUUGCCCGUCUUCAUGGGGCUGAUCGGAGACCUGUUCCCAGCCCUGGACGUUCUCACCUUGGCCAGCAACGAGCGCAUCCCCCUCAACCCCACCAUGCGGCUACUCUUCGAGAUCAGCCACCUGCGAACCGCCACACCCGCGACCGUCAUUGUGACCAGCUGGAUCGAGACUAGGACGGUGCAGUCCGAGAAGGCCCAUCUGAUGAUCCUGUUCGACAAGUACCUGCCGGUGUGCCUGGAGAAGCUCAAGUCUGGAUUUAAGCGGAUCACCCCGGUCCCCAAGGUGACAGUGAUACAGACGGUGCUGUACCUGCUCGAUUGCCUCCUGACGCCGCAGACCGUCCCGCCAGAAUCGCCACGGGAGCUCUACGAGCUCUACUUUGUCUUCGCCUGCACCUGGGCCUUCGGCUCAGCCAUGUUCCAGGACCAGCUCGUGGAUUACCGUGUGGAGUUCAGCAAGUGGUGGGUGAACGAGUUCAAAACCAUCAAGUUUCCUGCUCAGGGGACGAUUUUUGACUAUUUCAUUGAUCCGGAGACAAAGAAAUUCCUGCCCUGGACUGAAAAAGUGCCGUCAUUUGAGCUCGAUCCGGACAUGCCUUUACAGGCCUCCCUGGUGCACACGGCGGAGACCAUCCGCCUGCGGUACUUCGUGGACAUGCUGAUGGAGAAGCAGAGGCCAGUGAUGCUGGUGGGGAACGCGGGGACGGGGAAAUCGGUCCUGAUGCGGGACAAGCUGGAAACGCUCAGCACAGACCAGUACCUGGUGCAGUCCAUGCCCUUCAACUUCUACACCACCUCCGCCAUGCUGCAGG